AUGUACAAUGAAGCGGCCAAUAAACGGAGGAAGGUUUCUAAGUCGUCGUUGUCGGGGAUAUGGUCGCUGCCAGACGAGGUGGCGUUGAACAUCCUGGCACAGGUCUCGAGAUUUGACCGUGGGGCCUUGGCUAUCGCCUCCAAGAGCCACCGCUCUCUGGUAGCUUCCCCUGAGCUCUUAAGCUUGAGAUCCAAGGAGGCAUACUUUUACGUAUGCUUGCGCUUCGUUCCUGACCCAAAUCCACACUGGUUCAUCCUCAACACCACGCAGCGUCUGCUGUGCCCGGUCCCAUCAAACCCUAAUUUGGCUCCAUAUUCUAACCCAGGGAACAGAAACGAUUUGUGUUUUAUGGGGAAGCUCUCAUACCGUCUAGGUAGUGGCGGGAGAGUACUGUGGCGUGACCGAGAUGAGUUUAAAUGGAAAGAAGUCAAGGGACUUGACUUGGAUUAUCUGCUACAACCGAGACAAGCCCUCUGUAGUAUUAAUCCAUUCACCCUCAUGAGCUCUAAGGAGCCGUGUUAUGAUAUCUGCAUACUAAGCAGCAACUCUGCUGGCAACAUUCUCAUCUUCUGGAAGGAUCUUGAGAGUUUUGAGCUUUGGUCGGCCGAGAUUUCCGUUAAGAAACGAUAG